AUGACUGACGAAAUCCGUAGCAUAUCCGCUAGAACUUGGAUGCGAACUGUCGACUCUAUUAGCAAGGUUGGAUACUCUGAUGGCGUAAAUGACGGUGAAGCAAAUACAUAUCAAACUAGUUUUGAUUCAGGAUACGAGCAAGGAAUAAAUUUUGGGUUUCAUUUAGGAAUUAUGGAUGCUAAGGCACAGGAUUUGCCGACACAAAAUGUAAUUGUAAGAGAUCGAAGAUCGAUCAAUUGUCAAAUUUGCCUUAAUGAAUCCAUGGGUGGUAAUACAGGAAAUUUAUUUAACUUACAAAAAGACAAAAAUGAUGACUUUCUAGAGAUAAUUGAGUCUAAAUCAUUUAAG